AUGAUAGCCUUAAAGAAACUAUACGGGGACGAGCUCCUGCGCCUGGCUCUGGUCCUCAGCUUGCUUAAAGCGAAUCCAGAAGAAUACUUCGAACUGGAAACCCAGCAGCUAGCUGGCCUCCACAUAUCGAAUGGAUCGGACUGGUCGCUGGAGCAGGAGUCCAGGACGCUGAUUCGACCUAGAUUCGUCCACCCUAAGUCCUUAGACCAUAUUCUGAUGAACUACGAAAGGCAGUUAUUCGAUGAACUGAACUCUCUCGGUCGUUACAAUAAUUAUCAGAACAAUGACCGGAUAUAUUUUAAUCAAAUACACACGUAUUUGCUUAAUAACGUUGCGACGGACACAGUCGUCCCCGCGCUUCCUCAGGAGGCGCACGAUGACCAGGAUAACGUCUCCUCGGACGACAACGUCGCCCAGGAGGUGAAGGUCGAGGAGGAGGUCCAGGAGCAGCCAGACGCUGUCGUAACGUUGUCGCCGGAUUUCCUCCAGAACCACACCGAGUCUGAUAUAUUCGCUGAGAUAUCCAGUCGAUCCUUCGAUGUCAACGAGUUCCUGAUACCAAACGAGAUGCAGAUAAAGAAGGAGCAGGAUUCCGAAGAAGAUUUGGUCGUUAGGGUCAAGAAGGAGAGAGAGGAUGACGAUCUGUACAGCGAUAAUGCAAUCGACGAUUUCGUGCCGUACUUUUCUGCGAAAGCGGGAAAGUUGGAAGUCGGUGAACCGAAUUCGGUGUUCCACCAGAAUCUGGCCGACCUCCAGGAUUACGAGGAGCUGUUCGAUGAUGUCAAGGAGCUCAAGAACGAUCUGGAGUAUUUGGACGUCAAGCAGCAACAGGAGAACUUGGAACAGUACCUUCUGGAGAACACGCCGUUGGAUACAGAAGUGUACGAGUUGGCGCCAAUGUUUGACGAGGAGUUGGUGUUGGGUGUCAAGAGGGAAAGAGCUAGCACGAGUUUCACGUCAGCUAGUUCGAGUGGUGUGAGUGAGAUGGAUACAUCAUCAUCAUCAGCUGAUAUGCCAGACGUCAAGUUGGAACCGGACGAGGGUCAUCACAGCGGUGAUGAGCUGACUCAAGAGGACAUGGAUCUCAUCGAAGUGCUGUGGAAGCAGGAUGUGGACAUGGGAUUCACCCUCGAGGACCCUGUGCAGCCGGAGGGUCCCCAAGCCACCAAGGUUGAACUGGACGACCAGAUAGACAAGGAGCUGAAGGCGGCUGAGGAGAAGAUACAGAAGGAGAUGGUCCAAACUCAGGAGAUCGAGAAGGUGAAGGCGUCUCUUCUAGAUGAGAAAGAGGACGAUCCAUGGGCCGGCCUCUCUUACACCGUGGACACCGAGACCGGUGAAUACGUUAUACAAGGGGAACUGCCCCAGCAGCUGGUGAGUGAGGAGUCUCGUUUCGAUCUGCUGGAAGAGGCUCUCCAGCUGGUGGAACUCGGCGGCGACGACACUAAGGAUGAAACUCCACAGGCGGUAGAAGGCGGUGCUGAAGAUAUGCUACAUCCGGCGAUGCGGCACGUGCCGCAUCACCCCCUGGCGCACUACCACAAUCCGUCGCUGAUGCGUUCUAUGUCUGUCGAACAGCGCUGGCAGGACCUGGCGUCGCUGCUGACCAUCCCCCCGCCCCCCGAGCAGUACCAGCACUACCACCAGCAUCCGCACGCGCCGCACCACCCACACAACAUCAGCCAUGGCGCCGCAGGCUACACACCGAACUACCACGUACCACCGCCAGUUCCGGAGAAGCAUGACGCGUAUGGAGCGCCGACGCCUCUUGAAGGGGCGUACAAGGUGGAGUCAGCGCAUCACCAGCAACACGACCCCCUGUACUAUCAGAACUCCACAUCAGAGAUGCCCCCCAAUCAAGACGGUUUCCUCCAGUCGAUUCUAAACGAUGAAGAUCUACAACUGAUGGAUAUGGCUAUGAACGAAGGCAUGUACACCAUGCGCAUGUUGGACGGCGCAUCCGCUGCACAUGUCCCACACAACCACACCCACAUGCCAAUUACUAAUGAGCGAGACUCCGCUUCUGACAGUGCAGUGUCAUCGAUGGGUUCAGAAAGAGUACCGUCGCUGUCCGAUGGUGAAUGGUGUGAUGGGAGCGACUCUGCGCAGGAGUUUCACAGUUCAAAAUUUCGACCGUACGAUGGCGCGUACGGCAGGGAGAGAGCCUCACACGCUCCACAGAAGAAACAUCAUAUGUUCGGCAAGAGAUGUUUCCAGGAACAAACCCCAGUCCCCCUAGAGCCAAUGGCGCCAGCUCGACCACAGGGCGUCGUCAAAUACGAAUGCGAGCAGACUUAUCACGAGAACCUACACAUGCAUAACGUGGAGUACCCGCCACGCCACCAGCUUCCACCGCCCCACGUCAGCACUCUCCAACAGCCUGCGUUAGAUUUGAACACGCCACACUCGAGCCACGCCUUACUGCAGAGCACGGUGCCCAGCCCCACUCGGUUCGGUUUCGGUUCCGGAGAUAGAGUGAGGCACAACCACACAUACAGCGCGCCUCUACCGACUGCGGAGCAGAGACAGCCGAUUCGAGACAAGAGAGUUCGCCGUCUAACCGACGGCAGUACAUCGGACGGCGGGAGUACAUCGGGACAUCUCAGCAGAGAUGAAAAACGGGCCAAGGCACUCGGUAUACCUCUAGAAGUUCACGAUAUAAUCAACCUGCCUAUGGACGAGUUCAAUGAGCGUCUAUCGAAGCAUGACUUAAGUGAAGCCCAACUGUCUCUCAUCAGAGACAUCCGACGGAGGGGAAAGAACAAGGUAGCGGCUCAGAACUGCCGCAAACGGAAGCUGGAUCAGAUCACGUCUCUAGCAGACGAGGUCCGUACAGUACGCGAUAGGAAGGCUCGCACCCAGAGGGAGCACAGCGCUCUACUGGCCGAGAGGCAGAGGAUCAAGGAGCGGUUCGCGGCGCUCUACAGACACGUAUUCCAGAACCUCCGCGACCCCGAGGGCAGGCCCCUGUCUUCUAACCAGUACUCGCUUCAACAAGCCGCUGACGGCAACGUAGUGCUUGUUCCCAAGAUGCAGCAUGAUCAUCCCAUGAACCGCUCGUCAGAAGAUGAAAUGGACCGCAAGGCGAAACACUACGAUUAGUGCUAAACAGACAAACGAGCAGACGCUCUGACACAAUAGUAUUCGUACUUAACAAAAAAUAUUAUAAAAAUUACGUUUUUUGUUAUCUCUACAAAUAUUAUUGAUAUUUAAACAAAAUUGACAUAUUUUUGUAAAACAAUUGGGUUUAUCGAAACGUCAAGAUUUUGUUUACAAAGCGCGCGAAAAUUAUUUUUUAAGCUGUCAUUAUUUCAAAAUGGCGGAUAGCGAAAAUUUACUUAAGUUUAUUUUUUGUUGUAAAAUAUUUGAUAUUGUUUAUAUAAUAUGUUGAUAAUAAAUUAAAUGCAGUUUUCUUAAAUUACAGUAGUAUAAAUAAUUUAAAAUAUAAUUUAUAUAUCAGGAGGUUAUUAACGAAAUCAAAAACAUCUUUAUUCAAAUAGAAUUCAAAAAUCAAACUAUGAUCAUAUUCACUUUUAGUAAAUUAAUUAUCAUUAAAAGUGAAGCUACGAAUCGGCAAGAAAUUCCACAAUUACUCCGCACUACAAAAUUAGUUACAUCUUGCAUCAAAAUCCAUUCUAUCCAAUCCAAAAAAAAAUUACCAUUAAUGUACUGCUGCCACUGAGGAUUGGAACCAAUUUUUUUUUUUCAAGUUAUGCCUUAUAUAAUAUAAAUUAUUAUAUAAUUUUAAGAUUGUCUGUAUUAUGAGUAAAAAUCUAUGUACAAAGGAAUUUACUUUCGAAUGUGUCGUAAGUGGAAUUGUGGGAAAGUUGACGAGUAGUUUUUGAAAAUUAGUUCCGUUAUUUUAUAUAUAUUUUUAAAUCUAUACGUUUACCGCCAUUUUGUUUUGACUGCUUUUUGAAUAAUGUUAGAAUUUUUAGUAAUUAGCGUCGAUUCUUAGACGUUUCUAGAAAGAUUUUUUUUUCU